AUGGAUCGGUUUUUCUUGGUCUUUGCAGGCGGUGGUGUUUCCAAGCCGACGCACGGAAACCAGAUUCCCAAGCUGAUAUGGUCGUUCUGGCAUACCGAGGCACUUGUGCCAGACGUGGUGCGCUUGGCCCAAGCCACCUGGAGGCACUUCGCUCCGGACUACCAGCUUCGAUUGCUGAAUGAGCGAAGUUUCAAGGAGUACCUGCCUGCGGGAGAGCGUGACGUGAGUCCGGACUCCUUCUUCACACUCAGUGCCUUCACGGAUUGGCUGAGAUUGAGUCUGCUCGCCUCUUCCGGCGGCAUUUGGAUUGACUCGACGCUGUUGUUGACUGCACCGGUGGAGUCACUCCUGAACCAAACUGCUCGUCUAAGUGGUCUUCACUUGGAGGCUGCUCUUUUUGAAAGCUACUUCCUUGCCGCAAGGCCUGAGGAGGACAUCGUGCAGAGGUGGCGAGACGAGAUGUGGCGCAUCGGCACAAUGCCAGAGAAAGACUACGACGUGCAUCUGACUCAACUAAAGACUCGUGGCAUCGAGCCGCUGAACGGACACAUGUCUGAAUGCGACUGGCGAGACCGAUCCACUGUCCACGAAGUCGCCCACUGGGUCUUGCAUCGGGCCGUGGCUGCUGUAAACUUCUUUGUUGGAUACACGAGUUUCUAUCUUCACCCAUGCGGCCAGCACUAUUGGAUGUGGUAUUAUCGUGUUUGCGUCGCGUUCAAUUCGGUUGUGGUGAGCGCUGACGGGAGCGACAUCACUCAGCUCGCUGCUCCGCUGGGGAUCCAUAUGUCUGACUCCACCCGGACGCUGAACAGAAUCGCAAUUUCUUUCGGAUGGGACACAGCGCAAAUUGUUCGUUUCCUCAUUACCCGGAGCAGCGAGGACUUCCAGUUCGCGCCCAUCCGCGGUAUCAAACUCCGUUCCAAGGAGAGGAACUUGCUCACGGAGCUUUCUUACUGUGAGACGGGCAGCAUCAUCUGCAGGCUUCAAGCACUCGUUGGCGACCAGUUCUUCGAAGAGAGGGCGAGUCCCUCAUUGGAGACUGCGGAGCUGUGA